AUGGCCAAUGUCUUGGAAAAUCAAUUAGCCGCCGUUGCUUCAGUAAUAGAAAAGCAAUUGGACGAUCAAUUAGAUCGUUUGGAAAAUUUAGACACUGACGAUUUGAAGGCUAUUCGUGAGCAACGUAUCAAAGAAAUGCGUGAAUUAAAUCAAAAGAAACAGGAAUGGCUGAAAAAUGGUCAUGGUGUCUAUACAGAACUCGCCGACGAAAAGGAAUUCUUUGAAGUGUCAAAAAAAUCACCCAAUAUUGUGUGUCAUUUCUAUCGCGACUCAACGGAACGUUGUCGCAUUGUCGAUAUGCACUUAAAGAUCUUGGCAGGCAAACAUGUCGAAGCGAAAUUCUGCAAAGUGAAUGCUGAAAAAUCACCGUUCCUUACACAACGUCUGCGUAUCAAAGUUAUCCCAACAAUUGCCCUGAUAAAGGAUAGCAAAACAAAAGAUUUCAUUGUGGGCUUUACCGAUUUGGGUAAUUGUGAUGAUUUCUCCACUGAUAUGCUCGAAUGGAGAAUAGCCCAAUCGGGUGCAAUUGAUUACAAGGGCGAUUUGAUGACACCACCCGAUGUCAAAAAGAAAUCCUAUAUCAACCGCCCCAAGAAAACUAUACGUGGUGGUUAUGAUUCAGAUGAUUCGGAUAUUGAUUUUGAUGAUUAA